CGCCCUCUCACAGCAACACAGCGAAUAUGGUCAAGCUCACGAUCGUCGAGGACAGACCCACGCCCAAGGAGGUGUACAACUGGCGCGUCUACUUCCUCGCCUCCAUGGCGUGUUGGGCGUCGGUCAUGAUCGGCUAUGACUCCGCGUUCAUCGGUUCCGCCAUGGCCCUCAAGUCGUUCAAAGACGAGUUCGGUCUCAGCACCAAGACCAAGGCCGAGUUCAAUUUCCUCUCGGCCAACAUUGUCUCGUGCUACCAGGCCGGCUGCUUCUUCGGUGCCCUCUCGGGCUACUUUGUUGGGUUCUAUUUUGGCCGCAAGUGGGGCCUUUUCGUUGCCUCGCUUGUCUUCAUCGUCGGCUCGAUUCUCCAGACUGUCGCCUCGGGCAAGACCGGUCUCGGCAUCAUGUAUGCUGGCCGCAUCAUCGCCGGGUGGAGUGUUGGUGUUGCGUCAAACCUCACGCCCAUCUACAUUGCCGAGAUCUCGCCACCCGCCAUCCGCGGCCGCCUCAUUGGCAUCUACGAGCUGGGCUGGCAGAUUGGUGCCGUCGUCGGGUUCUGGAUCGGCUACGGUGUCAACCAGCACAUCCCUUACGGCAACGUUCAGUGGAUCAUCCCCUUCGCCGUCCAGCUCAUCCCCGGCGGCAUGCUCGGUCUUGGCUGCCUUACCCUCAAGGAGAGCCCUCGCUGGCUUGCGUCGCGUGACCGCUACGACAGCGCCCUCGCCAAUCUCGCCCUCAUCCGCCAUCUCCCGGCCGACCACGUCUACGUCCAGGAGGAACUGUACGAAAUCAAGUCUGCCAUCGAGCAUGACGAGGAGAAGGCAGGCCGCGGCAUUCUCGCCCCCAUCAAGACUCUCUUCAGCAACCGCUCGUACAUGAAGCGUCUUGCUCUCUGUGUGUCACUCUUCAUCGGUCAGAACGUCACCGGCAUCAACGCCAUCAACUACUACUCUCCCACCGUGUUCGCGUCCAUCGGCGUGUCUGGCACCUCGACCUCGCUCCUCACUACCGGCGUCUUCGGCUUAAUCAAGUUCGCCGUCGCUCUCAUCUGGCUGCUUUGGCUUGUCGACCGGUACGGCCGCAAGCUUCUGCUCAUCAUCGGCUCGGCUGGUGGUGCCGUCUGCAUGUACUGGAUCGGCAUCUACAUCGCCGUUGCCAAGCCCGCCAACAACCCGUCCAGCAAUCUCAGCGGCGGCGGCAUCAGCGCCAUGGUCGUCUUCUACCUCUGGACCUGUUUCUACGGGCCCACCUGGAACGGUACACCCUGGGUUAUGGGUGCCGAGGUCAUGCCGACUUUCAUCCGCUCCGCGACGCAGGCUAUCAUCGCAUCGAGCAACUGGCUCUUCGCAUUCUUGAUCGCGCGCUUCACACCGCAGAUGUUCACCGCCAUGGGCUUUGGCGUCUACCUCUUCUUUGCGUCCCUCAUGGUCGUCUCGAUUCCCUGCGUAUACUUCGCCGUUCCUGAGACCUCUGGUAUUCCGUUGGAACACAUGGACGAGCUCUUUGCCCUCUCGCCCCGGACCGCCCACACCAUUCUCGCCGAGCGUCUCCGUGCCGAGCACCACAUGGACGGCAGCUUUGCCGACACCGACGCAAAGAACCCAGAUGACGGGCACCUCGAGCCUGCGCGCUCUAACGAUGGCCGGAUGGUUUAAGCACACGACGACGACAAUGUUAAGGGGAGGAGUUGUGGAGGGGAGGGACGGGGAUGAGAGGAGUCAUUUGUACGAUUGUGGACUCGGCAGCAUGUAUCAGCGACAUAAGGGUCAUCUGGAAGGCAUGGAAGGGCUUACGAUUGUUGGGAGACGUUGGAUCGGACAGGAGGUCAUGUUGAAGGAAUACGGAA